AUGUACAAGACCAUCCUUGUAGUGGCUUUCAUUGCCGUUGCUGUCAUGGCAGCCCAAGUUCAAGGUUCCGGGCUUGGAGCAUUUGGAGGAGGCUAUGGAGCUCUAGGUCUUGGUAUUGGAAAAGGAGGAUAUGGAGGAGUGUUGAAUGGAUACGGAGGCUACGGUGGAUAUGGAGGAGGCUUCGGAGGGUAUGGAUUAGCUCUAGGUGGAUAUGGAGGAGGUCUCGGUGGGUAUGGAGGAAGUUUCGGCGGGUAUGGAUUAGCCCUCGGUGGGUAUGGAGGAGGUCUCGGCGGAUAUGGAGGUGGUUAUGGAGGUGGCUUUGGAGGUGGCUUUGGAUAUGGAGUGUAA